CACAUUGUGGUUGUGUAUGAGGGGCGUGUGCUCCCUCCACUCACAGUUCCUUUCUUCUGUCCAGCGUCCAGUAUGAGGAUAUUCCGCCUGGGACUGCGAGGGACAUUCACAGCUUUGACACAGAGAAGGAUCAUGUCUCCCGCCGUGUCUCUUUGGACGGCUCUGGUCUUCGCGGUGAGUCUGUCGGUACGUGCGCAAGGUCCAAGCACCUUCAUUGGGGUUUGCUCAAGACAAGUGGAAAAAGUUCCCGUUGUUUACAAUGAGACAUUUAUUCAGCCGGUGUACCAGCCGUACCUGACCACAUGCCGGGGCCACAGGACCUGCAGCACCUACCGGACGGUGUACUCGGUGACGGUACGGCAGGUGAAGAAGGAGGUGGUCCAGGUGAAGUCGGUGUGCUGCCCGGGGUGGAGGAAGAAGGAGCCCAAUUCUGAAUCCUGUGAAGAAGCCGUGUGCCGCAAGCCUUGCCAGAACGGAGGGACCUGUAUUAAGCCCAACAUGUGCCGAUGUCCCCCUGCCUGGGGGGGGCGGUAUUGCCACGUCGAUAUCGAUGAGUGCCGGCGCCCGUCCCGCUAUUGCUCUCAGGUAUGUGUCAAUACUCGGGGAGGCUACCGCUGUGAGUGCAACGCGGGAUAUGUGCUGCAGGAGGACGGCAAGUCUUGUGUCAGAGAUGAAUCUCCACCGUCUGUACCGGCACAGCAAGCUGAAGAUGCUUCUCACAGACUGUCUAAUGAGGUCCAUGACCUGCGCGGCCUUGUGACAUCCCUGGAGCAGAAGCUGGACAGCACCCUCUCAGCUCUGCAGCGGCUCAUCCCCAUCAAACUCUCGGAGAUCCGCCAGGAACAGGUGCAGGAAUUCUGGGAGCGGAUUCGCAGUUUGGACCGAGUGGAUUUUUUAAGUGAUCAGCUGAUGUACAUGGAAGAAAAGAUGGGGGAGUGUUCCUGUCGCAGUAAUGAGAUAGAGAUGCCCGUAGAUCUGAAACGCUAAUAUCACAGAGCUCCUCAAUUUAUUUAUAUUCCCCUUGGACCAAUUUAUUUAUGUCCCCGUCUACUAUUUAUAACCCUGUUAUUCCUUUUUUUGUCACGUUACAGUAAUCAAUAAAAAAAAACUAUUUCUGUAUAA